AUGAACACCGACGAAGUCUUGCGCUUGAAAAAAUCACUUGAGAAGGCUACUCAAGAAGCGAGGCUUUCUUCAACUCUUGAACUUUUACAGAGGUUAAAGGAAAACGUAAAACCGACAAAAGAACUGCUACGAAAAACUGAAAUAGGGCUCCUUGUUAGCAAACAAAAAUCACACAAGAACGCAGAUAUCGCUAGACUUGCAAAAGAAAUUAUCGCAAAAUGGAAGAAAGAAAUAGGCAAUGAGGGUCGCUCAUCGGCAGUUGAAAGUAAUGGUUACUCUGAUAGAGUUGUCAACUCAAAAAUAUCACCCAAGUCAUUAUCUAGAUCUUCUACACCAAAAGCCAGCAUUGAUUCAAAUUCCCGGCCUGCUGUCCCCUCCAAUGAUAGCGAUAUAAUACGAGGAGAGAAUGCUCAGUAUUCUAUUAGUUCUCCGACAACACCAAUACCUGAUACCCCGUCGUCAGAUAGAGAAGGAGAUAGAAAUAUUAUAACGGACAAUAUUAGUGGACCAUUUGUGGGGGACAGCAGGCGGGAUAGAUGUAUAGAACUGUUAUAUAAUGCAAUGGCGUUCGAUUCAUCUAAUGACUCAAAAACAAUUCUAGAGCGAGCUAUCAAAAUAGAGAAGACUGUAUUAGAUCAGUUUGGCGGAAAACAAGAAAAAGAAUAUAGAGACAAACUUCGCAGUCUAAUUCUUAAUUUAAAAGACAAAAAGAAUCCGGAAUUGCGAGCGAGUGUAGUAAGUGGCGAACUACCCGUGACUAAAUUCUGUACCAUGUCGAAAGAGGAUAUGGCUUCAGAAGAAAAGAAAGCCCGCGACCGGGCUAUUCGUCAGAUUAAACUAUUCGAGUCACGUGGAGCAGGACCCUCGUUGGCUGAAACCGACGCAUUUCGUUGUGGCAAGUGCGGUAAUCGUAAAUGCACAUACUAUCAAAUGCAGACGCGUAGCGCUGAUGAACCAAUGACGACAUUUGUCACUUGCACUAUCUGUAACAACCGAUGGAAG